UGGGGGGGCGCGGUGGGUAGAGUGACCUUUGCCCCGACACUGCGUGUAGGUGAUUUCUACCCGCGGGCCGGGCAACAAAGUGGGGACCCAGCGCAGCUCCCCUGCUCAGCUGCUCCCCAAAACCCGGCUUCCGGCCCCCCAAGUCCCCAGCGUGAUGUUACUGUUCCUGCUGCUGCUUCCCCUGUGCGGGGCGGUGGAGGUCAAGCGGCCUCGGGGUGUCUCCCUCACCAACCAUCACUUCUACGAUGAGUCGAGACCUUUCACAUGCCUCGAUGGCUCAGCCACGGUCCCUUUCGACCAGGUCAACGAUGACUACUGUGACUGCAAGGACGGCUCGGACGAGCCAGGCACCUCGGCCUGUGCCAAUGGCAACUUCCACUGCACCAACACUGGCUACAAGCCCCUGUAUAUCUCCUCUAGUUGGGUCAACGAUGGUGUGUGCGACUGCUGUGAUGGAACAGACGAGUACAACAGUGGGAUUAUCUGUGAGAACACCUGCAAGGAGAAGGGCCGGAAGGAGAGAGAAACCCUGCAGCACCUGGCUGAGGUCACCCGCGAGGGCUUCCGGCUGAAGAAGAUCCUGAUCGAGGAGUGGAAGAAGAAUCGAGAGGAGAAGGAGAGUAAACUCGUGGAGCUGCAGGAGCAGAAGAAGCUGCUGGUGGACCAGGUGGACACACUGCGCGCCACCAAGGAGGAGGCGGAGAAGCCAGAGAAGGAAGCCAAGGAGGAACACCGGAAGCUAUGGGAAGAGCAGCUGGCCCGGGCACAGAGGGAGCAGGAACAGGCCCGGGUGAGCUUGAUCUUCCAGGAACUGGAUGAUAACAUGGAUGAGUGGGUCUCCGUGGCUGAGCUGCAGACCCACCCGGAGCUGGACACAGAUGGGGACGGGACUUUGUCUGAGGAAGAAGCUCAGGCCCUCCUCGGCGGAGACUCGAGGGUGGACAACGCUGCCUUCUUGGACCGGGUCUGGGCGACCAUCAAGGACAAGUAUCAGACGGAGGCCUUGUCCCCCGACUCGCAACCUGCGGAGCCCGAGCAACGAGAACUACCCCCGGUACCCCUGGAGGAGGAAGAGGAGGAGGAAGAAGAGCAGGAGGAGGAGGAGGAAGAGGAACCGGAGGAGGAAGAGGAGCCGGAGGAGGCCCAGAUGCCAGGGGAGCAGCCCCCCCAGGAGGCCCCGCCCCCGGCCGCCAGCCCUACCCGGGAGGACCCCGCAUCCCAAAUGCCGCCAUACGAUGAUUACACCCAGAGCCUAAUCGAUGCUGCCCAGAAGGCCCGCAGUGAAUUCGAGGAGGCUGAGCGGUCGCUGAAGGACAUGCAGGAGACCAUCAGGAACCUGGAGCAGGAAAUUUCCUUCGACUUCGGGCCCAGCGGCGAGUUCUCUUACCUCUACAGCCAGUGCUAUGAACUCGCCACCAAUGAGUAUGUGUACCGGCUGUGCCCCUUCAAACUGGUCUCGCAGAAGCCCAAACACGGGGGCUCCCCCACCAGUCUCGGCACGUGGGGCUCAUGGGCCGGGCCUGAGCAUGACAGGUACAGCGCCAUGAAGUAUGAACAGGGCACCGGCUGCUGGCAGGGCCCCAACCGCUCCACCACCGUGCGGCUACUGUGCGGGAAGGAGACGGUGGUGACCAGCACCACGGAGCCCAGCCGUUGCGAGUACCUCAUGGAGCUGACGACGCCCGCCGCCUGCCCCGAAGUACCCCCUGAGCUACCUGGGGACGACCACGAUGAGCUCUGAGUUGCCUUGUAAAGAACCACAAGGCAUGGAACCAGCCAACACCCGGGUGCCAGAAGCUGUGUGGGGGACCCAGGCUCCUCCCUUUGGGGGCCGGACAGGGCAGAGGGCCAUUUCCUAGGCCCCCAUGGCCUCCAGUGAUGCAGUACAGGAGUACACAGCCCUCCCAGGACCCCUCUUCUGCUCACCCACACACACCCAGAGCACUGGCUCUGGAUGGGAUUGUGGGGACCUGUGACCUCAAAACAACUACUGUGAUUGGGACCUCAAAACAAUAAAUGUGAUUGGCUCCA